AUGGGUUUGUGUAAGUGUCCUAAGAGGAAAGUCACAACACAAUUUUGCUAUGAACACCGAGUCAAUGUGUGUGAACAUUGUGUGGUUUUAAAUCAUCCUAGAUGUGUGGUACAGUCAUAUUUACUUUGGCUACAGGAUAGUGAUUACAGUCCACAUUGUAUUUUAUGCAAAAAAGAACUUGCUACUGACGAAUGUGUCAGGCUAUGUUGUUACCAUGUUUAUCAUUGGGAUUGCUUGGAUCAAUAUAUCCGAGAACUGCCAGACACAACAGCACCAGCAGGAUACAAAUGUUUGCAAUGUCACGAUACCCUUUUGCCAAAUCCUAUGCUUGUUUCCCCUGUAGCAGAUGCUCUAAGAGAAAAAUUAUCAACUGUUAACUGGGGAAGGAUAGGCCUUGGGCUGCCAUUAACGGCUGAGGAAGAGUUCAAGUCUUUUAGAAGAAACAUUCCUAAAUCAAUACCUUCAGCAAAUAAUCUAGGAAUUAUCGACAAUUCAAUGUCUUUAAAAAAUGAUGUUGUUGUACACAUAGAAGAAACUAAUUCUCCUCGUCCUGAGGAAUCAGCCCAAAUUCCUCGCCGCAAUCCUCAGGGCGUUGCUAGUGAAAGAGUACCUCUUCUGGAUGAAGAUGAAAAUAAGUAUAAAAGACGUGAUCCUGUAUUUGGUUAUGGAGUAAAUUUCUGGCUUAAACUUUUUAGCUUCCGGAGUGCUUACAGCAGAGGAGUUCCCUGUUGGAAAAAAUUAAUUUUAGCUACAUUGUUAUUUAUACUUUUUUGUCUGCUGCUCAAAGUUAUUGCACAUUACAUUAACUCUGAUGAUCCAUUGUUUGAUGUUUAUGCUAAUCCAAAUGUACAUGUUAAAGAAUAA